UUUUUUUUUUUUAAUGACGAAAGAGUAGUUGAAGUGUCGUUUUUCCAUGUACAUAUGGAAAGAAAGACCAACUUAGCUCCCAUGGUGGAGCUCUUACCUUAGCCUUCAGAUCCAAAAAUGUCCGCCAACAACUUCGUCAGAACCCUUAAAAAUGCUAAAAGGAUCUACGCGCCAAAACCCUAUCAACAUUUGGUGAAUCUCCUCUCCAAAACCCCUCUUUCAUCACCAACAAAGCUUCUGGAUUCCACCUCCACUUCUCUCCUCGCCAAGCUCAGUCCCACCACUCUCCGCCUCAUUCUCUCCGACCCAAAUCUCACAUCCUCUAAAUGCUUGCGUUUCUUCAGCUUCCUCCUCAUAAACCAGUCUUCGAUCUCAUUCGAGCCAGAUAUCCAUGCCCACAUCACCCUCAUUUGCAAGCUCCUCAAGGCAAGAAACUUCCCUGAAGCAGAGAAUCUCUUCAGGUCAGCGUCACUUGGUGAGAAUUCUUCAUACCCAUUUCCUGUUUUUUCUUCAGCAAGUGAGAUUUGCUGUUAUGAUCCAAGAAUCAAAGCCAAAUUGUUGAAUCUGAUGCUCAAAGUCUAUUCGGAUACGGGAAAUUUCGAUGAAGUUUCACAGACUUUUGAUUACAUGAGAAGUAAUGGGAUUAAGAUUGACGAGAGGACAUGUACUAGGCAUCUUCUUGCGCUCAAGAGAGCUGAUAAGGUUGGAGUAAGUUUGGAUUUCUUGUAUAAGAUGGUGAAAGCAGGACUAGAGGUUUCUGUAUAUUCAUUGACUGUUGUGGUAGAAGGGUUGUGUUAUAAUGGGGAGAUUAGGAGGAGUAGGGAAUUGGUAGAGGAUAUGGUGGGUAGAGGUACUAGACCCAAUAUCAUUACAUUCAAUAAAAUGGUGGAUUCUUGUGCUAAAAGAUGGAAUUUUGACGAGUUGGAUUUGGUGUUGCUUUUGAUGAGAAAGGAAGGUGUGGAAUUCAAUGUUAAGACUUACGGAAUUUUGAUUGAUGGGUUCGUGAGCUAUGGCAAAGUAAAAGAAGCCCAAAUGUUGAUUCAUGAUAUGCAUGACAUAGGAUUCAAAGUAGACGUCCAUUUGUUCAAUUUGAUGAUCAGAGGCUACAGCAGAUUGGGGUUUAUGGAUAGUGCAUUUUCGUUGCUUGGUGAAAUGGCUGAGAGAAAUAUGUUCCAGAAUGGUGAUACUUACUGGGGUUUAAUAAGUGGCCUUUGCAAGAUUGGAAAGAUGGGGCAGGCGAUGUUUUACAUAGAUGAGAUGCAGAAUAAAGGAAUUGAACUAGACGAUGUUAUGUUCAAUACUUUGAUUAAUGGUUUUUGCAAUAAAGGGAUGAUAGAUAAGGCUUUUGAAUGGCAAGUUACUAUGGAGAACAAAGGUUUCAACGCUGAUUUAUCUGUGUGCUUGAAGAUAAUGGGUGAGUUGUGUGAAUCUAAUCGAACUGAGGAAGCAAGGAUGCUGUUCAACAAGAUGGUUAAGAGGGGCGCGGCACCUCAAUUAGCGAGUUUAGCCUCUUUUGUUAAUAUAUGAAUCAAAGAAGAGGUUUGGUGAAAGUUGCAAAAGCAUUCAAAAUUAUAGACAGAAAAGGAUGAGAAGCGAUCUCUGGUUGUGGUGCCUUCAUUGUUUUUAUAUAAAUGGGUAUCAGAAAGAGGAAAUGGAAAGGCAGAAUUCAAAAACUUUAAGAUGUCUAAAGGAGAAUGAUUUUGUGAACCAGUAUACGAAAGUGGCACCUGUUGUGGGAUGCAUCCGGUUAUUGAGAAGGCUGAUGAAAUGGAAUUCAUAUUUACUGGAUGAAGCUUGAAUGGCCACUGCGUUCAUGAAAUUUUUAGCUCUUUGGCUGCCUUUUCCCGUGAUAGUCCUGGAGAAAGAAUCAACUUAAGAGGACAUACUUCCUGGAAGCUAGUCGGAGCUACCAUUUCAACUGAUUGAAGAUAGAAGAUUGAGUAUAUUGAACUAAACAAGAUGGAGAAGUGCUAAUUAUUUAAAUUCUUCUUUGAAGAAUGUCCUGCUGUUUCUAACUAACAAAUAAGGAUUGAAAAUUUAGACGACUGAAAAGAAAUGGUUCUCCUAUUAUCUGCUAUUGGGUUCGGUUGUGUUUCCCUCAUCUUACAUACAACUAGAAGGAUAGAAUUCUUUGAAUUUUCAAAUGUAGAGGAGUUUGUACCAUAUAUUUCAUUAUUAGCUUGUAUAAAUUGAAUCUGGGGGUGUUUUUGCUUUGGUUUACUCUAAAAAUUGAUUGUUAUCUUUUUUACUAGCAUGCUAUUGUCGAAAAACUAUGCGGCUGUCACAUGUUCUAUGUUUCUUGGUUAUUCAGCCAGGCUGUCAUAAGAAGCAUUACCAUAUCAUUAUAUCUCCAAUGGUGAUGUAAAUUACUAUUUCGACUGGAGAUCCA